UCGAGACGGGACAUUUACUUCGGUUCCUUUACCACCGAAUGCAUUGUCCUCACGUAAGACAGAAAUUCCGCUUACACUGCCAGUAUUGACACCUGAAUCCUCGAUGUCGGAGAACAAUACGAUACAGGACAGCUUGCGUUCUACUCUACAUAAAGUAGAAGGCAUAGAAGUUUCACAACAUGGUCCUAUCAAGCCAUUAACGACACAAAUGGACACUUUUAACCAGCCUGUGGUAGGGCAAACACAAAAGUCGGCAUUUCACCACAGUCGAGACUGGAAAUCAAGACAAUCUACCAUACCAAGAAAAACAUUAAUCAGCAAACCAGUAGUUGUUAUGAACAACAAUGAAAGGAGACCUACGGUUUUUCAUAGUAAUGAAACUCGCCCUGUGAAGAUGUUUUCGACAUCAGAAAUUGAAUCAAACAAUAGAAUAAACAGUGUUUUCUCACAAAAUGUUCCUUCACCCUCAAACGACGUACAUUCCCCACUCGGUGACAUCAGGUCAAUAAAUAUGUUAAAGACAUCGUCUGUUACGAAACAACAAUUGGAACAAGAACAAUUAAAGAAAAGGAAACAGCAAGAACUUGAAAAGCAACGACGUGAACAACAAGAACGCGAUCGCAAACAGGAUGCAAAGAAACAAGAGGAAUAUCGUCUAGAACAAGAAAGGCUACAGCUCCAACGGGAAAAAGAACAACGCGAACAGCGCAAUAGGGAGCAGCAGCAACGUGAACAACGCCAGCGGGAACAACAACAACGUGAACAACGUCAGAGGGAACAACAACGUGAACAACGUCAGAGGGAACAGCAACAACGUGAACAACGCCAGCGGGAACAGCAACAACGUGAACAACGUCAGAGGGAACAACAACAACGUGAACAACGACAGAGGGAGCAACAACAGCGCGAACAAUUAAAUCAAAGGGAGCGCCUGCAAAGACAACGACAGUUACAAAGUCAAAACCCAACACGACACCAUAGUUCUACACAGCUCUUAGUUCGACCGUCACAUCAAUCAACGCCACCGAGGAUUUUUCACGUGAACAGAUUCCCGGCAAUGUCGCGAUCAACUAACGUUCUUAACAAAUUACGGCGAAACUCUUUACGACCACGAGUGACUACCACAACUACUACAACAACAACGCCCGCACCUGUGCGGGUGGCGCCACCUAUAUUGUUCAGUAAUCCACAUCAAGAACAGUGUGUUAAACCAGGGGCUGUAUUUAUGUCCUUGAAAUGUGAUUGGCUAGUCAGAUUGAUGAAAGGACUUUGUAAAAAUCCUAUCCUCGGACGAGUAUGCUGUGCAGACUGUAAGCCGGUACAACCACGGGAACCAGUAUGUGUGGACGAUAUAGGAUGUAUACUUACACAUUCGGCCCAGUGUUAUGAUCGCUCAAAAAGAUCGAAGUGCUGCGCCACAUGUAAAGCGUUUAAAACGGAACACCAAGGUUGUGAAUACGGUGAUCGUGAAAGGCACUGUGAUUUGUUCCUUCAAUACAUGCCUGAUUACACAUGUGAUUCCUUCCGAAACAGUUGCUGCCUAUCUUGUAAAUCGCGGAUAGAAACAACCACAGUACCACCUAUUGAAGUAAUGACGACAGCCACGUGGAGCGAAAACGCAUGGGACCAUUCUUUUAAUACGAGACAGACUUUCCAUCACAAUGAUAGAAAUGCUAUGUUUAACGAAAAUCCUGAUGUUCUCCAUUGGAAUAAAUGAUUGGAUAUUGUUUCGUAGCUGGACAGUAUUUUGUAUGGUAUUCAUGGAACUAAAUUCGGUAUGGAAUAUACAGUAUGAAGUAUACCGAGUAACCAUAAGUAAACAUCAGCACCAAUAUGUUGAGCAUGAGGCUAUUACUAAGAACCUAUUUCGGCCGCUGGUAUCGGUUAGAAAUACAAUUGGUAUAUGCUCGCCUGAACGUCAUGAAAUUCUGACACAGUAUCUUCCGCUAGUCAAAGAAGAGCAAAUGAAACUUCACUUAAGCGCACAACGCGAAUGUUUAUAUAACUGCAUGUCUCAAUUUUAGGCAUAAUAUUCAAAAUAAUGGUUUUCUGUUUGUCAUCCAGUCUUUGAUCUAGCUAUACCUUUAAACAAGUCUACUUACAUGUAGUAUUAUUACAAAAGAAAGGCAAAUAAAUCGAAUUUCGUAUAAACCCUUCCUAUGAACUUCUUCGGGAUUUCAGGUUCACGUGCGCUUUACAAUUCGAAGCAGAGAUCCUGCACUGUUUUGUAGUACUAAAACUUAACGGAAUUUACAAGCACCUAUUGUUCAAAGGUUCUCUUUUAUGGCCAUCCCUGUAGGUCCAAUACCUGCAGAUGCGAUCAGUACAUUUUUCGUUAUCGACAGUGUGUUACCAAGUGCAAUACUGUAUUUCACUAUUUUCGUCUUUCUUAUUAUCACUCUCCUCUGCGUUUGUAAGAUACACGUUUCUCUAAUUGAACAAUUAUAUGGCAUACAUGUAUUCCUUUAAAAUGCACCCAUUUUGCAUUUACUGUAAUGCCGUCACGACUUCUUCAAAAUGUUUUGUUCUGAUCUCAAGAUCGAAAGCCCAUUAAAACGUCCUUUGACUGACAUUAGAUCAUGGAAAAUAUGAUUUUUUGCGCAAGCUUGUCAUGAACAGUUCCUUGCUUCUUUUUUAAAACAUAUGAUACAACUUACAUUUUGAAAAUGGUUCAGACCUAUCUCGAUUUCCAACUUUUGGGUCCCUUAUAUCAACGAUGAGUCGAAAGACGAAACAGCUGUAUGGUCCAGUGCAAUUAAGUUUUGAAAUACUGUAUCAGUUACCAUAUUUUAUAGGUGCUAUCAUAUAUGUGUGUCCUAUCUUCUUGUUCGGCUCUUGUCAAAUAUGGCCUUCGUUUUGUAUAGGUAUUCUAGACAUCUUGUUGAAUUCAAUGCUUAAACAUUGUCGAUGUCGUAUUUUAUAUAAUUUUCGAGUAGAAUUUGGAAGAAAAAGUUCUCAAUCAUUAUGUAGAUUUGGGAGGACGGAAAUUCUAGUCUUGGUUGUAAACACCGAUAUAUACAUAGGAUAGGUUAUGUUAAUUUAUAAUACUCUACUGUCAUACCAUAUGCAUACACCUCCAUUUUUCGUAUUUUAAAAGCGACAUAAUAUGAUCAGUAGAAUUAUAAAAACGCAUUCGGAUCAACAGAAUGCGAGGGAUCCGAAAGAUAGGGGGAAAUACAAAACAUACUUUUCAAUAAUAAAGUCUUGUGUUAAGACUUAAUCUGUAGUGAAAUAUCAUUAAGGAUCCAUGUAUUCAUGUGUAACAUUUCAUUUGUUUGUCCUUGCAUUGUUCUACAUUUGUAUCUGACGUCAUUUCACACUUUGAAAACUUCAUUCAUUUUAUUUCUUUAAUAGGAUUCUUACUAGGAACUAUUUGUUCCAUACAGGGCUAGAAACUUUAUUUGCCUAUGUUAACCCACAGGGCAAGAGAAUAGUUAAUGUAACACGCGGGCAAUACCUAAAGGAAACAUCUUCAGUAAGAAAUUGAAAAGGCCAUUGACUUAAGGAGUAUUAGUCUCUCAUAUACAAUAUAUACAAUAUCAAUAUGGCGAGGUCUAAGCGAAACUUGUUUAUAAACGUGCAAGGAUGUUAAUAAUUUAUAAUCUAUCUGUAAAAUCACAUUGUAUUUUCAUAUGUUUUAUAAGUCCAAAUGACUUGUUUUGUACGUCCUUGCUGAACUUACUGGACGUGGACGCUUGUUUGUUUCUAAACCUGCUGCAAAUAAAAAAGGAAUCAUGUUUCCUUCACUGAUAUCUACAUAUCUACCUCAUUAUAUCAGAAAUAACAACAAAAUAUUCAGAAAUGUUUAAUCAAAGACGUUCAUAACGUUAGCAGUUUAAACCUAUUAGUAAUACAGAUUAAGCUAUGGAUAGAUAUUGCUUAAUUCAUCUCAUGAACAAGUGUUCUGUAGAUUAGUUUUUUUUAUGAUAUUGAAAUAAAAAAACAGCACUCACUAUUACUUAUCAAGCAAACAUGAAAUACAAUAUCAUAACAAGAAAUACUAGAGGGGAUAAAUAACUUAAAACAAAUGAAAAGGUUUAUAUAUAUAUGUACAUUGUACAAACAGAGGUUAUGUACCGGACUAUGUA